AAAAUAAACCUAGUAACAGUUUCAAAUGACGCAAAGCCCCACAGUUGGUACACUGUGCGUUUGGAUUUGAAUCGUAUGAUUGUGUCGGUCUCCCUCCUCACCAGCUCACAAUGCUGACCUACAACACUUCACCCACUUCUUCUUCUUCAUCUUUAACAACAAAUCUUUUAUAAGUUCUGUUGGAUCUGAGAACCCACCUUUCUUUAAUCUUCAUUUUGUUGUUAGCAUCUGAACACUUGAAUUAUUUUGUGGGUUAAGGUUAAUCGAUUGUGGGUGUUCAGAUGGGAUCGAGCACCAGUAAAUCUAUGGAUCCUGAACCCUCAUUGGGUCGCCGGAGUUAUUCAAGAAAUGUGUUUCAGGCUUCUUGUAUUCGACCCACAUCUGGAUCUUCUGAUAGUAGUGACGACACUGAUGAUGAAGAACAGGUAUCCGAUCAUGAGGCCAAACAAAAUGAUACUGAAUGCAACAUGUCAAACAUGAAUUCAUCAAAGUCAAAAGGUAAACUAUACCAGAACAAAAAAGUCAAACGGGCUAAAAAUCAAGCUCAAGUACCUUCCGAAACACAUUUUGGUGAAUGGGGUGAAUCAAGCCUGAGUGGCACUUCACGAAACGAGAGUGGUUCAUCUCACAACCCGUCAAGUAACUUUCUUUCGCGUUUUAAUUUGCUUCCCGGUAAUAUAAGUUCACGUUCCUUAACGGCGUAUCCCGAAUCUUCUACAAGUUCCAUAGUAUCAAAUGAUGACCAUCCUCAUUCCCGACAUUAUAGUAAGAAAAAUAGAAUCCGUCACGGUUGUGAGAUUUUUCCAUCUUGUUUCAUGCCAAUGUCUCCUGGACCACGAGACGACGAUUCCAAUUCCGAUUCUGGUUCCGGUUCUGAUAAUAGUGAUGCAAGCUCUAUCCAUGAACUGGGCCCGAAUGGUAAUGAUAACAAUGGAACGGAAUCUAACGGAAACAUGUAUUAUGAUUAUCCAAGAAAUGGUUCUUGGUAUGGUCGUCAUAGGCGAACGGAAUCCCGAGAGUACGUUGAACAAAAUGUUCGGUUUAGCCGAACUUUAAGCGUUGGAAGACUUCGCGACAGGGUUCUUCAUAGACCAACGCUUCCUGAAUUACAACGGGAAGCUGUGAAUGAUGUUGAUGUUCGUGAUAUGGGACCGCGUUUGUCUAAUGAGAAUGUGAUGAUAUCCACAACGUCUUCUAGUUAUUCUUCAUCCACCGUAACCAACACUUUGUAUGGGAAUCAUGAUUUUGAAGUUGAAAAUACGGGUGCUAGAGAAACAAGCUAUAGCAAUCUUUUGGAACAUCGGGAAAAUUUUAAUGAACGGAGAAGAAGAAUACGAUCGCAGGUACAUGCAUUGCAACGAUUGGAAGGUCGUUUUACGAAUCUUGGUCAUGAGAGGUCUUGUAUAUUGUCAGGUCAGUAUCGAACAGGUCACUGCGCAUGUCCUCUUAAUAAUCAAGAUCUAAAUGAUGGGACCAAUGAUAGGCGCAGCAUAUCAAGAAUUGUUCUAUUGACUGAAGCUCUCUUUGAGGUUUUGGAUGAGAUUCGCCAGCAACCUGUAGUUUCUUCAUCCCGACCCGCACUUUCUUCAAUCGGAUCGGGUCCCACUCCAACUGAAGUUGUGGAAGCACUUCCUGUUAAACUUUACCGCAAGUUGUCAAAGCAUGUGACCGAAGACGAUGCACAAUGUUACAUUUGCCUUGUUGAAUAUGAGGAUGGAGAUGAAGUUCGGGUUCUCCCUUGCCAUCAUGAGUUUCAUAGAUUAUGCAUUGACAAAUGGCUCAAGGAAAUUCACAGGAUUUGCCCCUUGUGUCGCGGUGAUGUUUGCAAAGCUGGCUCAUUUCCUGAUGAGAGUUCACAGUUGUAGGUUUUAGUAAAAGCUUGGAACUUGAGAUGCUGCAGCCUACAUCGGGGUGAGAUGGAAAGUCAAAAUCUUGACCUUUUCGUUCUAAUUAUCCUUAGAUUUCAGUCUUUUCUAUUGGAUAAUUGGUUUGUGGUCGAGUUUCUCGGCUCAGUUUGAUUAGUAUUGUAGUAAAGAAUGGAACUUUUCAUGCCAAGCAAUUUGCUGCCAGAAUUCCUUGAAGAAUAACAGAGAAAAUGAGGCUUGAAUCGGCUUCUUUCCUAGAAGCUUUAAUGGAGAUCUUGAUGUAUUAUGUAAUUAUAUUCUUUCAGAUUAUAGUGUCAAAUUAUAAGUUUCUUUCUGCCUGUGUGUUUCAUGCUUCAUCCUUUUGUGGUGGCUUGUGCCUUGCUUUGGGCAAGAAAAAGAAUGAUCAAUGCUGGUAAUUAUUUGACUUUUAGGUCAAGA